AUGAUGGCAGCAAAACCAAAAUUGUAUGCUCGUAAUUGUGCCAAGCAAAAAACUUUGUCUGUUCGAAACUUACCGAAACCAGAUGUUCUUAUUCUUCUCGAUCCUGAAUUUGAUUCGCAAGAGAUUCUUCAUCUUCUAAAAAAACAACCUAUACUCUGUCAAGUAAUCAAAUUAUCAAGUAUAAAUUCUUUGGCUCGGUAUUUUCAGUCACAUAAUAAUAAUACAAAUCAAGUUGUUUAUCUCAUCUUAUCAUCUCCAUAUGCCGAACAGUUUGAUGAAUUAAUGAGAACUGAUGACGAAUUUUGUACUUGCGAAAUAGAAGUGUAUACACUUUAUUCAUAUAAUGAUUAUUUUAACCGCGACGACGACGCUAAUAAUUUUAUUGAUCCUGAAUGUCUUGCUAAAUCGUUAAGAAAUUCUCUCAAUUCACGUCUUACAUUAGAUGAUGUUGAAUUAUCCAGUCAGAGUGUAUCGAUGCAAACACCACGUUUUGCUUGGUUUCAAUUUAUGUUUUCUUUACUUUCACGUCUGGAACGAUCUGAUAUUAGUAUGAAAGAAAUGAUUCACACAUUAUGUGCUAAAGAUAUCGUAUAUCAAUCGAAAGAUAUCAAGGAAUUUGUCGAAACAUAUACAGCAGAUCAAGCCAUUCAAUGGUGCAUGAAAAAGUCAUUUUAUUUUUCUCACAUUAACCGAAUUUUACGUAGUAAAAAUCUCAAUGCUAUUUUCACGAAUCGAGCCAUUAUAUAUGAUAUUGAACAAUGUCUUAGAUUAUUAAAUAGUGAACAACAAGAAAUCUUGAAUCUUCUUUCACCGAUGAAAGUUUAUCAUGGUCAGGCAAGUUCCAGACAAGAAAUUGAAUUUUGGGAAUCGAAUAUUGGUACUAUUGUAACUAUGAAUUCAUUUCUUUCAACAAGUAUGGAUGAAGAAAUCGCUUUUGCAUUCGCAGAAACCUUCGAUAAUGAAGAUAAUGAUGAUGAAGCUACAGUACUCAAAAUUUGGUUAGAUAAAGAGAAAGUGCCUAAAGCGAUUUUUGUGUAUUUAUAUCAUGAAGAUUUUGAAAUCGACGAUUGUGAAAUACUCUUUUCACUUCGAACUUUAUUUCGUAUAGAUAAAGUCGAAUAUUGUCCUAUUAAAGAAACAUGGUAUAUCAAUAUGACUGUUGUAGAUGAAGAUGAUAAUCAAUUACAACAGAUAUUAACUCCAUGGAAAACAUCUAUUCUUCACAAUUAUAAUUCUAUUCCAUCAAAAAAUAAUCAAUUGAUUUAUGUACGUAAUUUAUCAAAAGAUAAUGGAGCGUUUCUUGCUUUUCAACUGUCUCUCGAUGUUAUACUACGUUUAGAUCGAAAUGAUUUUGCUCGUCAAGAUAUGAUAGCAAUGUGCCGAACAAAGUUUUCUCAUGAUAGAUUGGUAUUAGCUAAAAUUGAUGAAUUCGAAAGACGAUAUCAAUCCAAUCAAGAUGCAGCAAAAUGGUACACCGCUGAUAGUUUUCUUUAUCGUCUACUUAAUCAAGUUCUUCGUACUGAAGCUAUUGAUCCGAUUUUUAAAUUCCGUUACUAUAUUCAAGAUCUUCAUAAUCAAUUAGCUGUUAUGCAAGUUGAUUAUCUAAAAAGAUUACAAAUAUCUAAUUGCUCAACUUUAAUAUUAUAUCGUGGUCAAGUUAUGACUUGGAAUGAUUUACAAGAUAAAUUUCGUACUAAUAUAGGAAAUUUAAUAACAAUGAGUAGUUUUUUGUCAACAACAACCGAUCGUCAUGUAGCACGAUUCUUUUCUGCAGAUGGUUUUGUUGAAAAUCCUGAAAGAGAUGUGUCUGUUUUGUAUGAAAUUACAAUAGAUAUUCAAUCAUUUCAUUCAGUUCCAUUUGCUGAACUUCAUGAUGAGACUAUUUUCGAAGAGGAAGGUGAAGUACUCUUCUCCAUGGGAGCUGUUUUUCGUAUUGAUGAUAUUUAUGAAGAACAUAAACUGUUGUGGACAGUGAAAUUAACUUUAACAACAGAAGAAGAAGAACAAUGGAAUGUUUUAACUGAACAUUUACAAGGAAAAGAAGAAACGUUGCCGAUUGUUGAUGAAAAUAAGGAGAAUACUGCUCAAGCAGUUGUUGGUAUAAGAAGAAAAAGAAGUCGAAGCUUUGAUGAAUACCGUUAUUCAAAACGUGAUUUUCGUCGAUCUAAUUGGCCUGAUUCUUUUCGAACAAAAAUGCGUCGAUAUUUCGAACAUCCAGCUUUUAACACUAUUCACAAAGAGGUUUAA